GGAGCGGGGUCGGGUCUCCCCGGCUGAUGGCGGACGGUAGUGUUCGUUAUCGCGUAUAGUAAUCGAUUUACCGUAGCCUACCCUCAUAAACAAACAGGUGUCACAGUUCCGUUCUCACCGGAACCGACCGACCAGUACUAGACAGUUUGUCUGCUGGGUAAGACGUGGAUAAUCCAACAUAUCCGGAUUGUGUUGGUGCGCAAGUGUAAAUGUGCUCAGCCGGUGAAAGUUACUGUUGAUAAGCUGGUGUUUUUUUGUUCUCAGCGUUGGAAACAGUGUGUUCUCGCUGGAGUGAUAACAGCUGAGAUUGAUCGCAGCGAGAAGAAAUACAAUUUGAAAAGAGGGUUCCGAGUGUCGGUGCAUCUGAUCAGUCUUUGUUGAGUUUCAGUUUCAUGUGGAAUAAAUCGUUACGAACUAGCAAAAUGGAGCGCUUUAUAAGGGAAUUGGUGAUUUUAAAUGAAUCCAGCUGAGCUCAACUAUCAACCAGUGGCAACGUUCGAGAAUCACGAAAAAGGAAACUACAAAAUGGAGAAAGGAUCUCCUUCGAGACAAUUUUUGGCGGGUGUGACUGUAAACCUCGCCUCGGUAGCGCUGGGGACCUGCCUCGGCUGGACAUCCCCGAUGGGUCCGGUGUAUAAAUCCAACGACACCAGCAUAACCCCACUGGACGUACCGCCGACCUCGGGCGAGGAAUCAUGGAUUGGUUCGCUGGUCGCUUUAGGAGCCCUAAUCGCUCCCUUCAUCGCUGGACCGCUGGCGGAAAAAUUUGGCCGCAAGUUAACCCUGCUGGGUAGUUCCGCAUUCUUCAUCGUAAGCUGGAUUCUACUGCUCACGACAAGCACGGUAGGCCAGUUGCUGGCAGCUAGACUGAUUCAAGGUUUCGGGGUAGGAUUUGUAAUGACGGUGCAGACGAUGUACAUCGGGGAGAUCGCUAGUAACGAGUACCGGGGGGCGCUGGGUUCACUCAUGCAGUUGUGCAUUGUCUCCGGUAUUCUGUAUGUGUACGUAAUCGGACCAUACGUAAGCUAUCACGCGUUACAAUGGGCCUGUUUGGCACUUCCAGUACUAUUUGCCGGGACGUUUUUCUUCAUGCCGGAAACACCUACCUUCUACAUUACCAAGGGUCGCCAGAGUGACGCCAUCAAAUCACUCCAAUUCCUACGGGGUAAGUCGGCUGAUGGAGUUCAGGAUGAAAUGAAGGAAACGACACAGUCCGUGGAAGAGGCAAUGAGAAACAAAGCCAGCGUCAUGGAUCUAUUCAAAAGCAAAGGCAACGUCAAGGCGUUGAUCAUCUGCUCUGGGUUGAUCAGUUUCCAGCAGUUAUCGGGGAUCAACGUAAUUCUGUUCUACAGCCAGACAAUCUUCGCCAAGACAGGCAGCAGUUUGGCUCCUGCUAUUUCGACGAUUUUGGUUGGUAUUGUUCAGGUCCUGGCUAGUGGAGCGACGCCGCUGAUCGUUGACCGGCUGGGUCGUAAACCGAUUCUGCUAGUAUCAGCCGCUGGAAUGUGUCUUGCUCAUGGAACCAUGGGGCUGUACUUCUACAUGGACUACAUCAAGUCGGAUGCGGUAGACAGCAUCAGUUGGUUGCCGAUUUUCUCGUUGAUCUUCUUCGUGACGGUUUACUGCGUCGGAUUUGGACCGCUACCGUGGGCCGUACUGGGUGAGAUGUUCCCCGCUAAUGUGAAGUCGAUCGCCUCCUCGAUUGUUGCGUCCAACUGUUGGGUGCUGGGUUUCCUGGUGCUGCAGUUCUUCUCGACGCUGGACGAGGCGGUGGGAUCGCACUGGUCCUUCUGGAUAUUUGGCAUCAUGUGUGGAGUGGCGUUCGUGUUCACCCUGACCACCGUGAUGGAAACCAAGGGAAUGAGUCUGCAACAAAUUCAGGAUAAACUUAACGAAUAGGGUAUGGUUUAUAAUCGGUUAGUAGGUAACGUUAGAAAUCGAAGUGAUGAGUGUCUUUAAGUGUGGAACGUACGGGCCGAGUCGUUUUUUUCUCACAUCGAGUUAUCAAGUGUUGAAUAUGUAUAAGCGUAAAUAAGAUGUUAUUGUUCAGAAUCUGUGAAGUUUCGUACAGCUCACGUUAGAUUUAUGCUAGCGGUACUGCAUACCAAAGUGUCAUCAAAUUGUAAUGUGAUAAUGGAUAUAAAUAAAUAAAUAACUCACGAAUGAGUUUUUAGUUCAGUGA